UCAUAUCCUAUAAUUUCUUCUAUCCUUGUUGUAGCAAUGAUCAAACAUGAACCAUUUUUCAAAACUAUCUUACUCAUUCUUCUUCUUGUUUCCCCAAUAUUAGUCUCCUCCUCAAAGUGCACAUGUGAAGAAGAAACACAAGAACAAAACACAUCUCAAAACUCAUUAAUAACAUACAAACUCAUUGCAAUAUUUUCAAUUUUAGUAGCUUCUACAUUAGGGGUUUCUCUUCCUUUCUUGGUCAGCAACAUCUCUUCUCUAAACCCACAAGGAGAAACUUUUGCCCUAAUAAAAGCCUUUGCAGCUGGUGUCAUAUUAGCAACCGGCUUCAUGCACAUACUCCCCGACGCCAUUGAAAGUCUUACGAGCCCUUGUCUUAAUGAAAAUCCAUGGAGGAAGUUUCCGUUUACGGGCUUUUUCGCUAUGUUAUCGGCUAUUGGAACGCUUAUGAUGGAGACUUUUGCCUCUGGUUAUCAUAAAAGGUCUGAGCUGAGGAAAGCUAAACCUUUGAGUACUACUGCGAGUGGUGGUGAAGAGAUAAUCAUGAACGUUGAUCAUCACCAUCAUCAUCAAGAUCAUGAUGGUCAUGGAAAUGUCUCAGAUUUUGCAUUGGAGAGAACGAAUUCUUGGGAGGUUAUGCGGCAUCGUAUUGUUUCUCAGGUGUUGGAGCUGGGAAUUGUGGUUCAUUCUGUAAUCAUUGGAUUAUCACUGGGUGUUUCACAAAGUUCAAAAACAAUCAGACCACUAAUUGCAGCACUGAGUUUUCAUCAAUUUUUUGAAGGAAUGGCUCUUGGCGGAUGCAUUUCUCUGGCAAAAUUCAAGUCAAAAACUAUAGUGACCAUGAUUUUAUUCUUCUCCAUGACAACUCCAAGUGGCAUAGCAGUUGGCAUAGGGAUAUCAAAAAUGUACAACUCAAACAGUCCAACUUCACUAAUUGUUGAAGGCAUUCUCAAUUCAUUAUCUGCAGGAAUCCUCAUUUAUAUGGCACUUGUUGAUCUUCUUGCUAAUGACUUUAUGACUUCUUUAAUGUUAACUAACUUUAGGCUUCAACUUGGGGCAAAUCUUACUCUUCUUCUAGGAGCAUGCAGUAUGUCUCUCUUAGCCAAAUGGUGAUAAAUUUUAGGAGAAAUCAAGGGUAUUUUUUUUUAUGUAAUUUGAUUACUGAAAUUUAAAAUGUUAUAAAUUAGUUGUUGCACUAUAUUUUUAGUGACUUUAACAGUUUUUUAAUAAA